GCUGGUUCCUGCCGAUUCUUCCUGUUUUUAAACUGCAGGCUGCUUCAUUCAGCUUAAGAAUGUGAUGGCUCUGGAUGUGGUAGAUGCUGAUGUUCUGAAACGCAACAUUGUCCAUUUGUUGCUCAAGCAUCCUCAAGGAAUCAAAUAUGGGGAUUUUUCUGGUGCUUUCUACAAGCUUCAUGGUCACCACCCCCAGCUGGCUCUUCAUGGGUAUGGUUCACUCAAGUGCUUGCUGACUGACAUGAAGAACAUGGUGGUUCUAGAAAAUAAUUCUGAAACAACAGUAAUCAAGUUAGCCAAUGGCAUUCCUUUUGAUCCAUGGCUGGAUGAAGGGGAUGAAUGGGACAACUUUGAAGAAGGAUGGGACAGCUCUGAAGAAGAAAUACAAAGCCUAAAGGAUGAUGAUGAUGAAGAUGAUGAUGAAGCAGAUCCUUGUGGUCCUGCUGCUUCCCUGGAUACAGAUUUCUCUGCAUGCAACUUGGUACCACAGAAGAUGGGGAGAAAGGAAGCUGUCCUGACGGCUGCCUUAGUGCCUAUCCUCAGUAUCCUUCAAGACUACCCCAAAGGUCUGAAUCUACCGAUACUGACAGAGGCCUUGAAGAAGCGUGGAUUUGACUUGGAGCAUUUUAGCCAAGAUAUGGGUUAUGGUGACAUAAUACAUUGCCUGCUUGAUGUGCCAGGACUCCAUUUGAUUUUUUUUAAUGACAUGUCGGCCCACAACUGUGUGAUCCAGCUUCUUUCAAGCAGCUCUGGUCUUCCAGCCCUGCCACUCAGCACUGGCUCUUCUUUGCACAAACCCUUGUCUUCCAGCGCUACAGACAGUUUCCCUCAGCAGUUGAUAGAAGCAAAGCCAGCUUCCCGCAGCUCCGCAGCAUCCCAAGCCACCGCAUCUCUUUCUUGUGACUUGGAUUGCUCUGCCAUCAAAUCUAAAACCCUGAACCAAAAUGAACUAGGAAAGAAACCUGAGGGUCUGACAGCCCCAAAAGAAGUUUUGGUAUCACUCAGUAACCUCCUAAAUACCUAUUUGAUGGGACUGCGGGUUAAGAAAUUGCAGGAGCUUCUUCUGAGCAUUACGGGAUUUGACCUGGAGAAGUUCAGCAUUGCCCAAGGCUACAAGGACACACUGGAAUUUUUGGAGCACCAAAUGCCUAAACUGAAGAUCAGAUAUGAUGAAAAUAGACAAAAUUCUGUUGUUAAGCAAGGCAAAAAGAAGAAGCGGAAGAAGAGUCAAAAUUUUCAAGAGAAAAUGACAAAAACCCCAGCAGAAGUCUUGACUUUGCUCCCUAACCUCCUAAGUAGCUAUCCGGAGGGGCUGAGGGUUAAGAAAUUGCAGACCUUUCUUCUGAGUGUUACGGGAUUUGACCUGGAGAAGUUCAGCAUUGCCCAAGGCUACAAGGACACUCUGGAAUUUUUGGGGCACCAAAUGCCUGAGCUGAAGAUCAGAUACGAUGAAAAUAGGCACAACUGUGUUGUUAUGCAAGGCAAAAAGAAGAAGCAGAAGAAGAGUCAAGACUUUCAAAAGAAAAUGACAAAAUGUAAGUUGAUAAUGGGAAAUAUGGACUAUGUACAGCCCAAUGUAACCUAA